AUGUUGAAACUAAUUGCUUCCUAUAAUAAAGAUGUACAAAAAGUUGUGUUAGGAAAUGCUCCACAAAAUGCUCAAUAUAUAGCUCCGGACAUUCAAAAGCAAAUUUUACAAAUCUUUGCUCAAAAAGUGCAAAAUGAAAUUCGCAAGGAGAUUGGUGAUUCAAAAUUUUGUAUUAUUGUUGAUGAAUCUCGAGAUGUAUCAAAACGGGAACAAAUGGCUAUUGUUAUAAGAUUUGUUGAUGGAGGUCAAGGAUAUGAUGGAGCCAGUAAUAUGCGCGGGGAGUGGAAUGGUUUGCAAGCUUUGUUUAUAAAAGAUUGUCCAUAUGCAUACUACGUGUAUUGUCUAGCGCACCAACUGCAAUUGGCUCUUGUUGUUGCUGCAAGAGAAGUGUUUAAGGUUCAUGAAUUUUUCAAAGAUUUAAUAUUUAUUGUGAAUGUAGUCAGUUCUUCUUCUAAGCGUCAUGAUGAGUUACAAGAUAGACAAGUAACUGAGUUAGAACACUUGGUUGAAAUUGAGGAGGUUGAGACUGGUAAAGGGUUGAAUCAAAUUGGCACCUUGAAACGUCCUGGGGAUACUAGAUGGAGUUCUCAUUUCAAGUCCAUAUGUAGCGUUGUAAAGAUGUUCAAUGCUACUCAAUCUGUCCUUGAGAAAAUUGCUACUUAUCGUCAAGCCACUUGUUCUCAACGCGGAGAUGCCACUUAUGCUCUUAAAAAGUUAUUGGCUUUUGAUUUUUUAUUCAUUUUACACGUGAUGCAGGAACUUAUGGGAUAUACAGAUGCACUUUGUCGAGCUUUGCAACAUAAACCAAUAGACCUUUUAAAUUCUAUGGAUUUAGUUGCGAGCAUAAAAUCUUUAAUUCAGAAGUUAAGAGAUGAUGGAUGGGAAAAUCUUUUACAGAAAGAACUCAAUAGUCGUUUUUGA